AUGUGCACAUCAAAUUGCAACACCAUGGAACUCAAUGGUCCCGACAACAAGCCCGAUACUAGCCCUAUGCCCAAGGACAGACAUAGAAAGCAAAGAUCAAACCCGGACCGGAAACCCAUCACCCACCAGAUGCCAGUAAACCAAAAGUCUCGCCCCAGCCCGCUCGUGGCAGGCAAUACUAAAUAA